AUGGAGACUAGGAUUUUAGAAGUCAAUGUUGUAUCCGCCGAGGUUUUCGAUGACGUUAAUGUUUUCAGUCAGACGACGGAUGCAUACGUCGUCGUUCUCAUCAACGGUGAUCAUCGUUCGUCGGAGAGAACUCCGAUCGGCAGAGUCCGUGGUUCGGGUUGCUAUUGGAAUCACACCAUGAAAUUCAUCGGCGAAACCGCCGUCCGCAGCCUCGUAUUCCAUCUAAAUUCCGAACGUCGACCAGAGGACGAAGGCAUCGCCGCGGUCGAAAUCCCCUUCGACGAGGAAUUGUUUCAUGGCUACGACGAAAACGUGACGGUAGCUCACCCGUUCGUCGCCGGUUUCCGUAACGGAGAGAUCGAAGGUGUUUUGAAUUUCACUUGUACGUUUAGAGACGGUUAUUGGAAGCCAUUGCGCUCGCCGGUAAUCAUGUAUCCUCCGACGACUUAUCAUAUGUCUGCAAUGGCGUAUCCGUUGCCAUAUCCAUGGUGGAGCUUCGGGUAUCCGUGUCUACCUCCGUGUUGCGGCGGAUAUCCGGCGUAUGAAUACAGGCAGCCACCUUUUCAAGGAUAUGGAUAUGGAUAUGGAUAUGGAUAUGGAUAUGAGUUUUAUGGGGUUGAUCAUGAUGAUGAAGAAGAUGAUGCUGAAGAAGAUUAUGAAGAUGAUGUUGAACAGGAUGAUGAAGAUUAUUAUGAUGGUUUGAUUUGA